AUGCGAACGAAAAUCCUGCAGCUGCAAGAUCUCAUUGAUGAGCUCAAGGACCAGGUCACAGAGCUCAAGUCCAAGAAGAAGCGCUCCAAGGGGGCUGCGUCCAGCCCUGCUGUUCUCGAGCAUGCGACCAUCAUUGAGUCACGCGCCCGGCUGUAUCUCAAGAUGUUUGGCCUGUGGAUCUCUACCGCUGCACUCAAUACCCCUAUCACCUUUGAUCCCAGGUGUGAUUUGUUUAGAGAGAGCCGCUUCACUAACGAGGAUGAUGAACUUCAAGCCGAAGCGGAGCAAGUGCACAUGGUAUAUCAUCUGUUACCCAGUGCUGCAGACGGCACCAACGCGCAGCGGGACGCAAUCACGGCACUUAUUGGGCAGUCUCCAGGUUUCACGGACCUAUUCUCAGCAACUAUGAACAGCCACCGGUAUACUUUCACUAAUUCAAUGGGAAAGGCCAUGGCCCUACGCCCACCUCCUGGCAUCGGUCAAGCCGCUUGGACGAACCGAGCAACUAUGGCCAGCGACCCUGUUGCACAACGGCUUCGCGGGGAUGUGCAAAACAACUGGCCACUGGUUCUCUUCCGGGAAGACCACAUCAAUCAGAUCAAUGGCUUGUAUAUGGACGAAUGGCUUCCGAAGUUGGCAAGGUUUUGUCUCUUCGGACCAACCUCUGUUGAUAGCAACGUUCCGGGUAAUGCUAGGGCGUUAGAAUGGCGAUGGUGCUGGAUCACGCCACAAUUAAUAGCAUCAACUGGAGUACUAAACAAGAGCAAUUCUUACAUCAAACUGAUUAAGGUCAUUUUUUGGCUCUCUGGAGAUGCCCAGCUGCUCCCCAUGGGCUGUGAACCAGUGAAACGGAUGUAUCAAGACAUGUGGAAGGCACAUUGCAAGAUGCUCAUCAAGGAGUGGAAUCACCAGCUAUUGCCAGUGCGUCGCCUUUGGCAAUCCAUUGUUUUCCACGGUGUACGGGGCGCUGAAGCAUAUUCAUCAUCGCAGAAUGCUCAGACUUCAUCUGGCUCUGAGCCGGAUCCUGAUUUUGGUUCGAACAAUGAAUUCCUCAAAAAUUAUGAGCGAUGCAUGUCGUUGAACGAGAGCAAUAUGUGGAACACCAGCAGGCCUCCAAGUCCCACUCCGCUGCCUUCCCAUUUGUUCUCAGCCUCCUGCACAUCAUCGGCUUUACUCUCCUUGGCAGCACCGGUGGUCAGCCGGAGUGCACUUUCACAUGAGUCAGCUGCCUCCCAGCCCCAGGCCAUAGCCGCCACACCAGUCUCCACUGCAGCAAGCGCCAUGUCAGGGCGGCGUGCCCCCUCAACUGUUGCGGCAUUGCAUCUCUUGGCUCCUGAUUUGAAUGGGGAGGGCGAUGGUGAAGCAGGCUGUGCUGAGUCCAGUUUACCAUCGAUGGAGCAUGUCACCACUGAUGAUGGAGUUGCUGCUGCGGAGAAUAACGGUCGCAUGAACCAGGCAUCAAGUGACUCUACCCGUCGCAGCAUACGUCUGACCCAUCGUACUUCUGAGGACCCUGAGACAGAUGCAAAUGACAGCACAGAUGGCCGCGGGGCUGUACGUGGGAGAGGAGCUAGAGGUCGCGGUCGUGGCCGUGGUGACCGCGGCGGCCGUGGCAGCCAUGACCCCCCAUGA